GAUCUCUCGAUAUGCUGCACGGCCUAGGUGACCCAACGCACGGGCCAGCGGCAACCUCCGUCUACCGCGUAGGUACUCUACUUGAGCAUAGUAGCACGAGCUCGACCCCGCUUCAUGGGCCAUUUCACGCCCGCAUUCCGUCUCCUCGGCCGCUACAACCUCCUCGCUCUCUCCGUACGUCGGUUGUCACGUCCUAGUACUCGGUCCGCAGCCACUAUGUCUCCAGGAAACCGCAGUGCGCCGUCGAUUCCCGUUUCCGCCGCGGAAGCGGUGAAGGAGGAGACGCAUCUCAUCGUUGGUGGCCUCAAGAUCGUCGACCGUUGGUUUCAGGUUCCGGUGGAUUACUCGUGCCCGGACGGCGAGAAAAUCCGCGUAUUCGCGCGCAGUGCUAUCAACAAUAAGGAUAACGACGGUGGGGUGACCGGCGGGAAGCAACCUAUAUGUGUCUAUCUUCAGGGUGGUCCCGGAUUCGAGUGCUCUCCACCGAAAUCACAUCCUCUCACCGAGUUCUACUUGGGAAAGGGCUACCAGAUGUUGUACAUCGACCAGCGGGGAACCGGGUUGAGCUCGCCGAUCGAUGCCGAUGUCUGGAUGAAAGGCUGCACGGUUGCUGAGAAGGUUCAGCGUCUGAAGAUGCUGAGGGCGGAUAACAUUGUCCGCGACUGUGAGGCCAUCAGGAAAACCAUGCUGGACGACAAAGAGAAGGAGGAGGAGCGUAAGUGGACGGUGCAUGGCCAGAGCUUUGGCGGAUUCUGCGCGGUCACGUAUCUGAGCUUCUACCCAGAGGGUUUGAAGGAGGUGUUCACCACUGGUGGAAUGCCACCUCUCGUCAACAACCCCGAUGCUGUCUAUGACCGUACCUACCGCAAGCUCCAGGAACGCAAUGCAGUCUACUACAGGAAGUAUCCACAGGAUGUCAAGGCAGUUCGACGGAUCGUGGCCUACCUCAAGCGGGACCCAGUCGUUUUGCCCAGCGGUGGAACGCUAACGGAAGGCCGUUUCCGCGACCUGGGCCUGGCUUUCGGAGGCCAUGGUGGGAUUGACACGAUACACCGCAUCGUCCAACGCGCCGUCAACGAUCUGGAUUGCUACGACGGUUUCACCUACAAGCUGAAGCAAAUGAUUGAAUCCCAGCAGUCAUUCGAUGUCAACCCCAUCUACGCCCUUCUCCACGAAGCGUGUUACUGUCAAGGCGAGCCCUCCGGCUGGUCUGCCGCGCGCCGCCUCCCCCCAUCCCUCCAAUCCUCAAGCGACGAGGACCCGAUCCUGUUCACGGGGGAAAUGAUAUAUCCCUACAUGUUCACGGACUACUCUGAGCUCUCCAAGUUCCACGAGCUAGCCGACCCGCUCGCCUACGAGAAGGCGUGGCCCGCCCUCUACGACGUGGACCAGCUCAAGAGGAACGAGGUUCCCGUGUUCGCGGCAAACUUCAUCGACGACAUGUACGUCGCCUACGACCUUAGCCGCGAGACCGUCGCCACCAUCCAGGGCGCCCGCAGCUUCGACACGAACGUGCUGCACCAUAACGCCGUUAGGGCUAAGACUUGGGCCGUCAUGGGUGAGCUGUGGAAGUUGAGGAGCGGGGAGGUCGAUUAGAGAACGGAUGAAUGCAAUAGUAAAGUUUUUUUUCAGGGGUUUUUUUUUCGGAUGCGGCGUGACAUCGUAGGAUCGAGUGAAAAGCGGCGUUGGGGUGAGAU